GCCCGAAAAUAUAUAUCGAUUAAACCGAGUCGCUUUCUAUCUCCCUUCCCUUCUUUCUCCGUCGUCUCUCUCCUCGGUGAUUGAUUCCGAUCACACCGACCCGCAACGCAAUGGCCUCCCGGGACAAGAAACCGGCGAAGCCCAGCGGUAGCCGCGCUGGCGGAAUUCGAACCCUCUCCGACUUGAACCGCCACUCCGGUCCCGACUCGGACAGCGACUCCGACGGCCCCCAGGAGUACUACACCGGCGGAGAGAAGAGUGGGAUGCUUGUUCAAGACCCUACAAAGGGCAAUGAUGUGGAUGCUAUCUUUAAUCAAGCUAGAGAAAUGGGUGCUGUGGAAGGGCCCGCAGAUCAACAACUUCCAUCCUCAAGCUCAAGAAGUUUCACUGGUACUGGGCGGCUUCUUUCUGGAGAAACAAUUCCAUCUGCUCCUCAGCAGCCUGAGACUGUCGUUCACAACAUUGUCUUCUGGAGCAAUGGUUUCACUGUGAAUGAUGGCCCUUUGAGGAGAUUGGAUGAUCCUGAAAAUGGAGCUUUCCUAGAGAGAAUCAGAAAGUCUGAAUGCCCACAAGAGCUUGAGCCUGCUGACAGAAGAUCCUCGGUCCAUGUUAAUUUGAUCAGGAGGGAUGAAAAAUGUCCUGAGCCCGAGAAUCGCCAUGCCCCAUUCCAGGGUGUAGGAAGAACCCUGGGAAGCAGCAGCUCAGCAAAUCCUGAGCCUUCCAGUGCCUCCACAGCUUUCACCACUGCUCCAGCUCCAUCAGUAGGCCUGAUAGUUGAUGAUUCGAAACCUGUGACCUCAGUCCAGCUCCGGUUAGCUGAUGGAACCCGCCUGAUAGCUCAGUUCAAUCAUCACCACACGAUCAAUGACGUCAGGAGGUUCAUCGACGCGUCUAGGCCUGGAGGAUCCCGAAACUACCAGCUCCAGAUGAUGGGAUUCCCUCCAAAGGUCCUGACUGAUUUUGAUCAGACAAUCGAGCAGGCGGGACUCGCCAACUCCGUUGUGAUUCAGAAGUUCUAGAAGCUCUAUAACUAUUGGGUCGAGGUGAACUGCAUGAUUGUCUUUAUUCAGCAGCACAGAAUGUACUUUCCAUACUGAAGAAUGUGCUUUUGAGAUUAUCGUGCUCUUUGCCCUUGCUUUCUUUUGCUAUUAAAUGAACGAUUUCAGGUUAUAUGGUUCUCGAAUUUUAAGGAAACAUCGUUCCAGGAACUUCCUGAAUGGGGAGGCAGUUUAGGGUGAGAUGCAAUGAAGUUGUGAUUAGACUUAUGUGGUUCUUAUGGAUAUUCUAGCUCUUCAGUCUUCAUUUUGUAUUAUAAACUA